UGUGCGCAACACCUGAGCCAAGUUAGCCGAUUAGUGCUUGGUUAGUUGUGUUACGAUCGAUCUUGGACGCUGUUAUACUCUGAAAUGACUGACGGAUGUGGAAAGACGCUCGCUCGACUUGUUUGCAAUAUAUAAUUAAGUUAAAAUAUUAAAAAUAAUAAUAUAGUUUUAAAUGUGAUAUAAUACUUAAAAAAAAAACAAAUUUAAUUAACGAAGUAGAGCUAAAAAUGCAAAGAAUAUAUACCUAUAUAAAAUAACUAUAAAAAUUUGUAGCCGAUAUAUAUUCACGACAAAUAGGCAUUACAAAAAAGUUGUGUUUGUAAGCAGUGAUAUAAGUAAACUCUACGCCGGCGCAGAAGCAAUCGUUAGUGCCGACCACGAUCGGAAAAUCAUACAUACUUAUAGCAUGUAUAUUAUAUAUAUAUGUAUAUAUGUGUGCAUGUAUGUCUAUUUGAUCUUCGCGUAUAAAUUACGUGAGCGUUUGGUAUGUGACGUGCAAAAAAGGUGUUCAGCUAUUUUCAUAUGUACAUAUGUAUCGUACAUCGUACACAUAUUUACUAUUGUUCUUUUUAUUUGGUAUGAGUAUUAUGUGUAUUAUAAAAGCGAAACAGCUGUAAGGUCAUAAAAAGACAGUAGAGAUGGGUUCGGCAAUAAACUGAUAGUUUGCUGAAUAAUGCAUGUUUUCGCAUUUAGUUAAUUAUUUAAACGAACAGCAAUUAAUUAUCUGUGUACAAGAACAUGGAAAAUUGUUCGUUUAAAUAUGCAGUUUUUAGUAUCAAAGAUUUUAAUUAAUAAAUUUAAUUUAUAAGUUUUAAAAAUUAUAGUUUAUGAAAUUAUAAUAUUAAAACAUAAUAGUCUAUUUGUUAUUAAGAGUUAAAAUAUAAUAUAUACAUAAAUAUUUAGAUGUUUAUUAAUUUCAGUUAAAUAUUCUCUAUCACAAAUGUCUUAACUCAUAUAUGUAAAACGAAAUAAAAACCAUAUUCUUUAAAUUUAGAAAUAUUAAAACAGCUUUUGUAGAAUAUUUAUUAUGUGACUGAACUAUUGAUUCAUGCAAAGUAAAAAACAAGUAAGAGUGGUUAAAAAAUUUAAAUGUUCAGCAAGAUCGCAAAAACUAAAAUAUAAAAAACAAGAAAAAACGUAAAAUUCAGUUGAAGCGAAAUUCUAAAAAUAUAAAAGAACUUUAUUUUGAUAGGUCAGUAUGGCAUCUACAUAUACUACGCUACAGUGGUCCGUUAUUGGUGGUUUAGUCAAUUAGCAGCUUCUUAGCUUUCAAAACUAAGGGCUAGUUCACAUAUAUACAGACAGACAGAUAGAUGUACAGACCGACGGACAGGGCUAAAUCGAUUCAGCUCGUCACGUCGAUCAUAUAUAUACAUAUGUAUGUAUAUAUAUACUUUAUUGGGUCUCUGAAUUUUUUUUUGGGUGUUAAGAACUUCGCGGUAAGUUAAUACACCAUGUUCAGUUAGCUAGUGGAUUCACACUUACUCUAGAUCGCACAUUUCGAAAUGUGGUAUUUACCAAAUUAUAUACAUAUGAUUUUUAAAUAAGACUGUUUUGCAGGUUGGCAUUGAGAUCUUAGCUCCAACCUAUUUUGUUGCCAUAUAACGUGUAGAAGAUUUUCCAUCAAUCGAUAUUUAAAAUAUUAUAUAUUCUCGAUAAGGUGCUACAAAACCAGUUAAACGAAAAAACUGGGAAAGAAAAUUUUCACAAGCUUCUUUUUACUAGCAAAUUUAUUCGUCAAAACCGGUAGAACCUCCCAACUAAGCUUCAUGUCUCUUUUUUCUAGACCUAAAAUAAUGGAUAUUUCAUAUUUUGAAGUUAAAUUUUUAUGACGAAAAAAAAUUUUAAAUUAUAUUAGAUUUGGUUAAAUUUUUAAAAUUGUCACUCAGAUUUGUAAAAAAAUACAAUCCAUCCUAAAAUACCCAAAAAGAAAAUCUAAUUUUAAUGAUUUUAACUUAAACAGUUUUUCGCCAAUACAUUAGUAUGUACAACAAAUACACUUACAUUAGUACAGAUGUACCUACAUAUAAGUAUGUAUAUAUGAAAUGUACGAAAUUGGUCUGACAAUUAGAAGAAUAUAUAUAAUUGCUCGUAAUUAUGCGUGCAAAGGUAUAUACCACUAUUUGAUGUCAUUUGACUAUGAAUAUGCCAAUUUACAUAAGAAUGUAUGUGUGAAGUUAUUAUGUGCAUAUAGUUGUAAAAUAAAAGUGAAAACGGCAAUUAACAAGUUUUACGGCAUCAUAAUACCUGGACUACAACAAUGUUACGCACGUGUAAACAAACACACCACUAUUAUAACUGCUGUAUUUAAUUUCACACAAUCUAUUUAUCGUUUUGCAUAUAUGUAUGUUUCUAUAACAAGUAAGGAAGGUUCGAAGCUUGGCAGGAACUAGAAAUAAAUUCUUCCUACUAUCGUAAAUAUUCGAUGUGAGGCGAAAAUUGAAAAUGAUUCUUUUACCGUUAUGUGGUAGAACUCGUUAAUGGAUUUCUCUAAUUUUCAUAAUUUAUUCCUAAAACAAAAGAGUUCCGAAAGUAGUGACUAAGUUAAAUAUUAAAUUGUUCUACGGAAUCACGGGCACCAAGCCUCAAGUGUGCCGCAUUAGAACCGGCCUUUCAAUUACACUAUGGACACCAGUAGACUCUGAAUGAUAACAAGAUAUUAAAUGUUUCUUACAGAAAGCAUUGACUGGUAUAUAAAUAUCGAGGAUAUCAUCUGAUCAAAUUUGACCCGGACUGACAUAAAUUACUUGUAAAAAAGAUUCAGGUAUUUUGGUACGAUUCUAGCAUUGACAAACUUCAUAUUCACAACAUUAAACAAAAUGUGUAGAGUCGAUCUAUUAGAGAUGUUGAGCUUCUCUGCUAUCUCUCUGAAGCCAACAUGAUAAUUUUCAAGCACUGCUUUUUAACCUUUUUCGAUGUUAUCGUCAUUAAGUCAAGUUUUCGUUGUCUUCAUGACCUUCACUGAAUACUUUGUGUAACUCAAAUACUUGUGUCCAUGAUAAAGAAGACUCCCCAAAGCGCUUCUUGCAACACACCCCAAAAGGCAUAUGGAGAUUAUACUUCACACGAUCAUAAAAUAAGGUUGUACCAAUCAAGGAUUUUUUUCUAUUCGGAUCAGUCCGGAUCAAAUUUGAUCAGACAGUAUAGAUCUCUCUCUGAACUACUUGUUCUUAGUAAGGCUCAAUUCGUCACAUUUGUAGCACUUCCGACUGCCCACUAUCCAAUAGGCAUACAUGUGGCGAAGCUAAAAAUCUUGUCGGACAUUAGUUGCCAAAGUUGUAUGAUGGAAGGCGUGGUGGAAUAAUCUAUGCAUUUCUCCUCUCAGCAUUCACAGCUGUCCAAGUACGAUUCUUCGUGACCUUUGAUGUGAGGAUCAGUCCCAUUACCUAACCUAAUCAAUAGAAUCUCUUUUAUUUUGGCUUAGAAUUGUUUUUGUUUUUAAAUAUCGGUAAUGCAAAGUGAUUGGCGUGUCUAUAUCAGUAUUAUACUUAUAAUGUAAAUUUGUUUAUAUUUUUCUUUAAAGUAAAACUGUAAUAUAGUAUAACAACUACUCAUAACGAUACCGUAUUAGAAACCGAUCAACAUAACGGCUUUUGAAGUAGAAAGUAAUGCAGCAGUAAUUUCCACAAAAUGCCCCGUAAACUAUUGAAAUUCCUCAUAAUCUUUGACAAUACAUCACUCUUGUAUUUCCCCGGCCAAUUUCUAUCUGGCCGCGUACUUAUCGAACUACAAGAUGACACACCCGCGUUGGGUCUGCACUUUCACGUUGUCGGUGAAGGUGUAGUCCGCGCAGGUACAGCACGACAGGAACGUACUUAUGACAAAGAAAACUAUAUUGAUUUUCGUAUGCGAUUAUUGGGCGAUGUGGAUCAAGGACCCUCAGUACUCUCGCCUGGUAUACACAGUUUUCCAUUUAAAUUGGGUCUGCCAGUGGGUUUGCCGUCCACGUUUUUAGGACGUUAUGGUUGGAUACAGUACUAUUGCAAGGCGGCAUUGCGUGAACCGAACGGACUGAUACACAAAAAUCAUCAAGUAUUCAUUGUGAUGAACCCGAUCGAUCUAAAUUUGGAGCGACCGAUUCUCUCGCAACCAUUUACUUGUGAGAUCGAGCACAAACUUGGUGUGGCCUGUGUGGGCGGUGGCAAAGUUGUUGCGCGAGUUGCACUCGAUCGCGGCGGCUAUGUGCCGGGGGAAAGCAUAUUGAUUACGGCAUAUAUUUCGAAUCACAGUAAUGUGACGAUUAAGCGGACAAAGGCCUCCCUAACCGAGACCAUUGAAUAUUUGGCACGCGGGAAAGUGGUGCAAACAGAGAAACGGGCGCUGGCCGCUUUGGCGCGUGGGAAAAUUCGUCCUGGCGGUAAGGAUGAGUGGCAAAACGAUAGCCUGUAUGUACCACCGUUGCCGCCGACAAAUUUACAUGGCUGCCAUUUGAUAAAAAUCUCCUACGAUGUGUUUUUCGUAAUCGAACCGAAAUCUUUGGAGAAGGAAAUCAAAUUGCAAUUGCCCAUAGUGUUAGCUACAUACCCUUUUCGCAAUAACGGCAAUGAUGUCUCGAAUACUUGGCCAGAUUCAGUGCUAAAACCGGACACACAUUACCCGUCGACAUUACCCAUUUUUCGUCCGUGGCUGCAUGAGAAACCCGAACCCAAUUGAGUGUAAAAGAUACAUACAUACAGACAUAAAUAUGUAUUCUUAAGAAACAAGCGAGCAGUGAUUACAUUAAAAGAAAAUCAUAUAAAAAAUUAGCGAAGUAAAAUUCGUUUUUUAUGUGUAUGUACUUACACCCUAUUUGUUUAUAACUUACCUACAAUAACACUAAGUGGUUUAAUAUUUACCCCAACUUGUUAUGUGCCUAAAUAAAAUUAUUAUAUUAUUUGCGUACACAAAUGUAUAUAAAAACAAAACUUACCAUACAAUUUUAAAAAUUUAACAUAUUUCUAUUUUAUAUUUUGAUUAAAUUUUUUCGAACGUACUUCAAAGCCCAGCUUUCCUUGUUAUAUUUUCUAAAUUCUGAACUUCACACCGAGGUUUAAUAAAAAAAAAACACAUUUAAAAAUCCACUCAGUGAGAUUUUGCCUAAAUCCACUUAAUCAUUUGAUGAUUGAUGAUCAAAUGAGCUUAUUUUUAAUACGAGUCUCGACGAUUUUGUUGACAGCCAUAAUAAUUUAGAUACUACACAUACACUCGAACAUAUGUAUUUAGUGAGUAAACAUAUUAAUUUUACUUAUUUGCAUCGUAUUUAACAUAGUACACAAUAAUGUAAGACGAAAAUAUGUUUUAAUUUUAAUUUAACUAAUUUAAGGCGAAGCAAUAAAUGUUCACUUACAACAGACA